GUCGAAGUCCUUAGCGGGGCGGCAACUUGACCAUUCUCCAUCUUGCGGUCAAGAUGCUGGUUGUGUGCCUGGAAGGAUGCCAUGGUACAAGCAAUUUGCUUGGCCCUGCCCGACAUGCAUGCAGCCUCCUCUCAUUCAUGUGAUGUCCAUGUAGGAAGCGGCAAAACGUCGCUCUGUAACGAGUUUGCUGCCAACGGAUUUCGCAUCUUGGACGAAAACUUUCUCGACAUGCCGGCGCAUUCGCUGCAUCCUCAGUCCCUGUUCAUGGAAACAAAGUGGGUGUGCUCUUGGUUUGACCGCGUCCUCCAGUUAUCGCAAAAGCCUCACGCUGAGCGACAAGUUUACUUUGCCGACCGAUCGCCGUUCAGUGCGGUGUUCUACGCAGCCCACGGCAACCUACUCGAACCCGUCAUCCGCUCUCAGAUGGAUGAAGUGUCCAAGUUUGCCGAAAUCGAAUUCGUCACGUUGCAUAUUAACGUCGAGCGCGAAUUGCUAUGGCGCCGCAUCCAACGACGGCUGCAAGACGAACCCGAGCGCAUUCGAUACAUGGAGCACAAACGAUCCAAGAUGGAAGACUGCUUGGCGUUUUACAACGUGUUUCCAUGGGAUUUGCAUGUCGUGAACGACACACGAUCACUGCCUCUGCUUGCCGACCAAAUCGUGUCGAUGGUGGCGCGACAGAGCAACACGAUGCGACUCUACCUUGAGAACCUCGUCCAUUCCAAGGACUGCGGCAUGGACACCGACAGCGACUGCGACAGCGAGACCACCCUGAGCUGCGACGAGUCGCCUUUGAAGGCCAAGCUCACCUCCGUAGAAGAUUUCACACCCAUUCCCAUGUGCUUGGAGUAAUCCCCUUCUGUUGCAUCGGUGGUGGUGGUUGAGUAAGUUAGGUUGCUACCCCAGCGUUUAGUUCAUUUAUUAAUUGAUUCCAAUCUCUUUAUACAUCCCUCAGCAGGGUGCUUGUCGUUGGCGCAGUCCCACCAGAUUCCAAAGUGGCCGGAACAU